GGGUCUCGGGUUUCGGCCAGACACUCUCAGCUCCCUCCUCCCGCACAAGCCCGGCCCGGGAGAACCCAGUCGCCGCGGCUACCCGCUCGGCGAGGAGGAGGAGCAGGAGGAGCAGGAGGAGACUACAAAUCCCAGCAGCUCCCGCUUUGGCUGCAGGGAAAAGCCGGGGUGGGGGAAGGGCGCUUCCUGCCCAGGAGAAGGAGAAGGAGGGGGAGGUCAGGGCCGGGAAGGCCAGGCGGCGCGGAGGCGGGAGUGAGGCGCAGGAGAGAAGCUCCCUGUCCCAGCUGCGCUGCCAUGGACCAAGAAGAGGAACCCUGGGGCCCGGCCCCUGAUCCCGCCACCUCUGAGGAAGGGGAUACCCUGGGAGCUCCCCCUGGUGUCGGGCUCGCCUCCGAGAGCCCCGCAGCGGCCCCGGAGCCGGCUGGGGCCCCGGAGCCACCUGCUCGCCACGACUCCGAUGACCCGACCCGGCCCUUCCGCUGCCCAGACUGCGGGCGCACCUUCCGCCGCAGCUCGGGGCUGAGCCAGCACCGGCGCACGCACAGCGGUGAGAAGCCGUACCGCUGUCCGGAGUGUGGCAAGAGCUUCAGCCACGGAGCCACGCUGAGCCAGCACCGGGGCAUCCACACGGGUGAGAAGCCCUACCAGUGUGGCACGUGCGGCAAGGCCUUCGGCUGGCGCUCGACCCUGCUCAAGCACCGCAGCAGCCACACUGGGCUCAAGCCCCAUUCCUGCCCCCACUGUGGCAAGGCGUUCAGCCACGGCUCUCUGCUGGCCCAGCACUUGCGCACCCAUGGGGACGAGCGGCCCCACAAGUGCGGUGCCUGUGGGAAGGGGUUCGGCCAGGGCUCGGGGCUGCUCAAGCACCUCCGCACCCACACCGGCGAGCGCCCCUACCCCUGUCCGCAGUGCGGCAAGGCCUUCGGCCAGAGCUCGGCCCUGCUCCAGCACCAGAGGACCCAUACGGCCGAGCGCCCCUACCGCUGCCCACACUGCUCCAAGGCCUUUGGCCAGAGCUCCAACCUGCAGCACCACCUCCGCACCCACACUGGGGAGCGGCCCUACGCCUGCCCGCACUGCACCAAGGCCUUCGGGCAGAGUUCCGCCCUGCUCCAGCACCUCCACGUGCACUCGGGUGAGCGCCCCUACCGCUGCCACCUCUGCGGCAAGGGCUUCGGCCAAGCCUCCAGCCUCACCAAGCACCGGCGCACCCACGAAGGGGCAGCUGCCCGGGCGGCAGCCGAUGGAGGGGAGGGGCCGCCCGUGGAGGGGGCUGAGCAGCAGCAGGAGGAGGAGGGGAGACAGAGAGAAUUGGAAGGAGCCGGGUGA